AUGAAGCGGAGGUGGAGCCUCUGUCUAAAGAAGCAGCAGCAGCAGCAGAAGCAGCAACAGCAGCAGCAGAUGCUGCUGCUGCUGCAGCAGAAAAUGAAGACGCAACAGAUACAAGUAAGGAAACUGCAGCAGCAGCAGCAGCAGCAGCAGCAGCAGCAGAAGCAGCAGCAGCAGCAGCAAACGAGGCCGAAGGAAGCAUAG